CGGGGGUGAAGUAAAGUGGAAACUAUCAGGACAUGCUGAACUGUGACCAGACUGCGCAGUUGAUGGUGCACAGCUCGAAAAUAUAUCCGACGGAAGAUUGCACGUUCUUCCACAUGUUGGCGCGGAUUAUGAGCGGGACGUUGCACGCCGGGCAGGAGGUCAGAGUUCUCAUGGGCGAGGAAGAUUCCCGUACGCUGUGGGUCGGGCGGUUGUGGAUCUACGAGGUGCGUUAAAGGUCGAGUUGAACCACGUCCUCGCCG